GUCCCUCUCGAGCCAGCCCUUGCAGUCUCACAAGAGUUUUGCCUGGCCAGAGCAAACAAAUAUGUUUCCCGUCGAUCAUCAACAGGAUGGUGAUAUAAGGACGUCUCUAACUCCUUCUGCUUCAAAUCUUUCACUUCGUCCCUUGACUUACCAGCUACGAUCAUGUGUACUCCCAGAUCUACCUUUUUAGCCGAAGACUUCAUCAUCUCCUGCGGUACCGUAACUUUCGAUCCGAAGUUAGAAGGCUACCUCAUCAUUGUACGCGUCACACCCAUGCAAGGUGGUGCGAUAUCUCAUGAUUACUUUCUGCCAGAGGGGCGCAAGAGGAUUGACGAAACGUUACUCGACUGUGCAUUGCGUUCCACCUACGAGAUCACUGGAAUAUCUGUCGACUCAGCUCUUCUGCCUGUUCACACAAACGCCCUACCACUUCCGGUAGAAGACAUGGUACAGAUCAAUACAAGAAUGAACGGACAUGAACAAAGCGUGGAGGAAUCUUCUGUCAGCCGUGUGAAGACAAGUAGGGAAGACUGGUGGCUUCGCGAAGACAACAUCCUAGACUUCAAUACCUCCGAUGUGCACAUGUCCGAAGAAGCCUCUCACGAACCCAUCGCAGUAACUCAACGCAUCAACUCUUCGAACCACUUGGAGCAGACAUUUUGGUUCGGCGCUCAAGCAGAAUCAUCAAAGUAUCCUUGUCCAAGUUGGGAGCAAUUUCAACUGCACCAGAAUGGAUCUGUGGAGAGAACGUUGCCCAUAUGGGUAACUUGGGAGAGGGCGGUUGACAACUUGAGCCGUGAGAGUGAUAAGGACGUCAUGAGGUACAUGGAUGACUUAGUUGCAAUCAACAAUGUGGUGAUGUAG